AUGAGCUGCCUGCCCAACGAGGUCCAGCACAAAAUCAUGUCUCAUCUUGGGCUACAGGACUUCUACCGAUACGCCCAGACGUGCCGCCACAUCCAAGAAGCCGCCAUCUGGUAUCCGAAUAAGAAUUGGGAUUUGACACUGUACGUCUCGUUCAACCGAGUCUCCUUCCGGGCACCUAGCAUGCUACGCCAUGCCCAGUUGAUACGCUAUGAAAGUCGAGAAGUAUUGUUCCGAAACGCGAAAAUCAGCCACUUGGCGCUGACAAACGCGACGAUCGAGAUGUACGGGUUGAAGGCGAAGACACUGCAGUUGACCGACGCAAAGGCCGACGUCAUCGAGGUGCUGAACAGGCACAAGCCGGAAGAAAACUAUUAUAUGGUCACCCUACAAGCGGCCCAGGAUCCGCGCACAUUUCCAGCUAUCGAUGAAUUUUCGCGAAAGUUUAUUGAUCGGUUUUGCAUCUACUGUCAUCCAGAUGCAGCGCUACAUGAUUAUCUUACCUUCCAACAUCACGAAUUAACGCUACAACGAUUGAUUCCGAUACCAACCACUGAUUAUGUGAAGUCGGUGGUAGAGCAAUGGUUGGACAAGAAGCGAGAAAUUGGCAGGAUCACGAUUCAAUUCCCAGGAGCUGUGGAUGUUGAUGCUAUCGUCAGAAUCGAGGGGUCAUCGCGGCCCACCCCGGAAAGAAUCGAAUUCCGACGAUUCGACGGGCUGCUGUUACGGAUGUCAUUUAUCAUGGAUCGUACGGGUAUCAAGUGGUUGGCCGCGUCGAUGCGGGUCCAUGAAUCG